ACUGUACUUAUCCUCGUUGGAAUGCCUAUGAAUGGUGCUGAUCCUCUGCUGUUCUUUACAUAGCUACUUCGCCAUUUUGGGCUUUGAAUUGAAACUUUUAGUCUAAAUGCGGGGCCAACAAAAGUCCCCAUCGUUGGAUCCGACUCCCAUGCCGUCCCCGGAGAGAAUCCAUGACGUUGCAAACUAGCACAGUCGUACAUCGAAUACCGUGCACGGAGAGGCCAGGCUGAUCACCGGAAGCCGAAGCCAGUUUGAUUGAUGACUUUACAGGGUUUCAUGGGUUCCAUCGAAGUUCACAUAGAAAGGUUCCACAGCUCACUGCGUUCUUCCUCAUGGAUUGCGAAGUUUACUCGUGAGUCCUUGAUACAUGGUAGACUAAUAACGCUGAACGCUGAAGGCGAGGCAAUGUUUCGGCGUUGGGAAAUCAAGGGUCUUCGUUGGCGAGUUAAGGUGCUUCGUUGGCAAGAAGCAUUAAAUAUAUAUAUGUGCAGACCUCGAAAAGGGUUGAACAUUGACGAAGACGGCAGGUUCAUGGCAAUCCCACUUACUUUGAAGGAAAUGGAACUAUGAGAAAUCUCUUUCAUGAACGCGAGAAACGUUUAUAUCAAUUUCACUUCCUCCUAAAAUCCAUAAGAUCCGACCACAGAGAUUAUUGCCAAUGACUUCCUCGGACAUGACACGCCGUCGACUUUCUCCUAGUGGCAGCUGCUAAAAAAGCUCCACAAUCCUGGAGCUUCAUAUUGGUAUGUAGCCGGGAUAGAGGUGAUACGACGGGGCCUUAUAUCAGUACACUGAUCACCUCGCUGUACAUGCCUGCAUACACGAGACACACUUCUGAUCUGACCACCCCAAAGGCCGAUUAAACUUACAAACCCGGAGUUGAAGAGCAUCAUUGUGCGCUCCUUGGUCGGAUUCCAGUCACAGUGGACGCUGGACCAUUGUUUUGAUGCGACAGCACUAGUGCAUGCAAUGUGGCCGUAAGUCAAUAUAUCAACUUUGGGAGU